AUGAUGACCAAGGCCUCCCUUUUCUCUAUGGCCCUUGCUGCCAUCCGGGUUCAAGCCCAGGUGCCUACAGACAUCAACCUCUACAGCACCGAGUCUUGUGAUCCUGACCCUAACGACCUCUCCGUUCAGUCCUUCCAGCUGGGUAUCAACACCCAGGAGGACGAUAACGGCAAUGAGUACACUGGUUGCAACGCGGCCACGAUCGUUCCCACUGGCUGGCCCACUACUGCCAACGGUAAAUACCCUGUCUGGGUUGACACCUCCGCGUUCGGUGAGGGCUGUAGCAUGCUCUUCUACCAGCUCGCUGGCUCCCAGGAAGAGGGAGAGACCUAUGCUUGCCGCAAUGGACUUUACCGCAAGAUCCAGAAGGACAAGUCUUUCUGUGCUGACUUGGAACUGACUCAGAAGUUUGGAUACGCCUACUGCUGUGGAUCUAUCUGCAACGAUGAUAUCAGCGACUGGCCUUCCAAGAAGCGCAGCGUCCCUGCCCCCAAGGCCAAGGAUGUAACCAAGAUUAAGCGCUCUCCCAUCCUUAAGAAGCGCCAGGACGACAAGUGCAUCAUCAACCUCAAGAGCGAGCCCUACACUACCUUCGGUCAGCAGAUCCAGAUGGGUCCUGAGGAGACUUGCGAGAAGGACCAGACCACCUGCGGACAGACCUGGACCUACACUGCUGGCACUGAGAUCGUCAACACUCGAUCCCACGAGGACAGCACCGAGAUUGGAUUCUCCGAGUACAUCGUCUUUGUCAACACUAUUUCCGACGGCUACGAGAUCAGCAAGGGCGAGUCUGAGGAGCGAUCUGUUUCUAAGCAGAUGGCUCCUGAGCCUGGUCACUCUGGAUACCCUACCUUUACUCCUCUCCUCUUCUGCGCCGAGGCUGACCUGAGCGGCGACUGCUCUCGUGAGAACAUCGGCAUCGGUGACGGAGAGAUUUGCAUCCAGAAGUACCUCCCUGGUGAUGUUCCUGACGGUGAGUGGCUCAUGGUCACCACCGACUAA